CUUGCAUGUCCGUUGCUUGUGAAAAACACCAACAACAACAACCCAUGAUGAUGAUGAUGAAUCAAUCUUCGUCGAAGCGAUUUAGCAGAUGGGCUCGGAAGAGGAGGGUUUUAUCUAAAUGCAGAGCUGGUUGUUCUGAAAUCCCCAAGGGUCGCCUAAUCUCAUCGGGCAUUCAGGGUUUGAUGUCCUCUUACUUGCCUUUCGAGCCCUGCGAUGAGUAUUACAAUUCCAAAGGCCUUUGCUCUGCUGAUUUCUUUGGCGACAAUGGUUUCUCUUCUCUCUUUGGAUCCACCAAUGUUCCCCUCUCUCGCAGACAGAGACGCUUCAAUCCAGCUGUCCAUUCCGGAAUCUGAGAGGGCAGACCAACAAGCCCAAGUUUUGGAUUCAAUUUUAGAAUAUGCUUUGGACAACGAUACAAAUUCUGGUUCUGGGAUUCUUUUUGAAGACAAAAUUUGUAUCAAACGCUGGCACUGUCCUUGGGAUUCUACUGUGGUUGAUUACAUAGCCCCAGUCUUUAGACUGAUUUUGGAGGAGAAUUACUUAUCAUCGUCAAUGCAACCCUUAGAAGAUACAAAAAAGAACAGGUCAUUGUGGUGGAUGCAGAGAAAGAGUCUUGAUCAGCGCCUUAGCAAAUUUUUGAGGUUUAUUUUGCUGGUUUGGGAUGCUUAAAAAAUGUUAGGGCAGCUCUUUGCAGAGGAACAGUAUUGAAAUGCACCCGCUGUGGGAGGUGAGGGGCAACAAUUGGAUGCCGUGUUGAUCGUUGUACAAAAACAUACCACUUGCCUUGUGCACGAGCUAAUGGUUGCAUUUUUGAUCAUCGCAAAUUUCUCAUAGCCUGCACAGAUCAUCAGUAUCUCUUCCAACCUCAGGGAAGUCAUUAUUUUUACAAGGUAAAGAAAAUGAAAACUAAGAAAAUGAAAUUGGAAAUGAGAAAGCUGUCAAAUGAUGCAUGGCGGAAGGAUGUUGAAGCAGAAGAAAAAUGGCUAGAGAAUUAUGGUGAGGAUGAAGAAUUUUUGAAACGUGAGAG